GCCUCUCUUUCGGUCAGCGGUAGAAAGACGGCCGCCAUAUUGUGCCGAAAUUCCUGAGAAAUGUAUCAAACAAAUUUGCUUUUACUGGCCUAAAUCAUCGUUUCUGGUUUUCUGAACUGGGAGAAAAUAACUUAAAACAAAUGUGACGUUCUCAAGAAGGUCUACCGCUUUCCUCUAUGUGUUAUAUGAAACAGUGCAGUCGGCAAAGGAAAUCUUGAUUAGCAGUAAGCUAUCCUUCGCCGGUUCCCGAGCGUUUGGAAAGCUCUCGUUACUGGAGCUGGGGGAACACGUUGUGGCUACAGACGCGGCAUUCAUAGGUGUGAGAGAAUGCCGCUCCCGAGCCGAGCCAGAGUGUAUGCAGAUAUCAACACUCACAAACCAAGAGAAUAUUGGGAUUAUGAAUCUCAUGUUGUAGAAUGGGGUAAUCAAGAUGACUACCAAAUUGUACGUAAACUGGGACGAGGGAAGUACAGUGAGGUGUUUGAAGCUAUCAACAUCACAAACAAUGAGAAGUGUGUGAUAAAAAUUCUCAAACCUGUGAAGAAAAAGAAAAUCAAAAGAGAAAUUAAGAUUUUAGAGAACUUGAGAGGAGGAACAAAUAUUAUCACUCUCCUAGCUAUUGUCAAAGACCCUGUGUCCAGAACACCAGCUCUUAUAUUUGAACAUGUGAACAACACAGAUUUCAAGCAAUUGUACCAGACGUUCACAGACUAUGAUAUAAGGUUCUAUUUAUAUGAAUUGUUAAAGGCCCUUGAUUACUGCCACAGUAUGGGGAUCAUGCAUCGAGAUGUGAAACCUCACAAUGUCAUGAUAGAUCAUGAAAACAGAAAGCUACGCCUUAUAGAUUGGGGCCUAGCUGAGUUCUACCACCCAGGAAUGGAGUACAAUGUACGAGUAGCCUCUCGAUAUUUCAAAGGUCCAGAAUUGUUGUUAGAUUAUCAGAUGUAUGACUACUCUCUAGACAUGUGGAGCCUAGGGUGUAUGUUUGCCAGUAUGAUCUUCAGAAAAGAACCUUUCUUUCAUGGUCAUGACAAUUAUGAUCAGUUGGUGAGAAUUGCAAAGGUUUUAGGAACAGAUGACUUGUAUGCAUAUAUUGAAAAGUACCAGGUAGAAUUAGACCCAAGGUUUAACGAUAUUCUGGGAAGGCAUUCAAGGAAACGAUGGGAGAGGUUUGUCCACAGUGAAAACCAACAUUUAGUUAGUCCUGAAGCUUUGGACUUCCUAGACAAGUUGUUGCGCUACGACCAUCAAGAGAGGCUUACAGCUAGAGAAGCCAUGGAUCAUCCAUACUUUUAUCCUAUAGUAAAGGAACAGGGUAGAAUGUCCUCCAUGUCAGGCCACACUUCUCCCACACCAGUGUCAAAUGCGGCAACGAUCGGAGGUCCAGCAGUCAACAGCGGUGCUGUGGGUGUGUCCAGCUCACCGGUCAUGACUCCCAGUAUGUCGCCCCUCCCUAACACUGCUGCCACAGCGCAGACCUAGACUUCUGCAGCACCUGCCUGCCUGCCCGCCCGCCUGACUAUCCCCACCCCUCUAGUACAUGAAGAGGGACAUCAGACUUUCCUAUGGGGGUGGGGCUCUACCUGCCCACCCACUUGCUGCCACCUGUAUUGAAUUGGUAGGAGGGAGGGAGGGAGCAAGCCUGUGGGCCUACAAGAGCUUGCAGAUGAAUACGAAACUGACUGACUCAAUUUGUGACUUGCACUGGGGCUUCAUUCAUAGGAUGGAUGGAAGAUGGUUUAGUGAAUUAAAAAAAGACUGUCACCGUGUCAUCUCAGUUAUUUCAGUAGUGCUGCAUGCACUGUUAAGCAAACCUCAUCAUCUUUUGUCCUCCCUGAUCGUCUCAUAGACUGUAAUGUAUUUGUUGGUUAGUGGUUCUGCGUUCCCAGUGGACUCAAAUUGUACUUAACUUAUUUGUGAGUCUAUAUGAUAACAAAUGUGAGGCCACCACCAUAUUUUCUCCCAGACAAUGAAGAAUCAUGCCAUUCAUUGGACUAUUGUUAAUUCAUAUUACAGAAAAUUUGGGCAAUUGAUUUAUGUUGGUAUCCCCUCAGCUCUCAUUGUAUUAAUUUGCAUGAUCGCAUGAGAUGUGUCCUCGGCAGAUUGGUAAAGCAGUUGAAGUAUUAGGGUGUGCCUGUUUGCCUGCCUGCCAGGCUUUUUGUGUUAUUUCAGCACACCACUACAUGCCUACAGUUGCUGGUGCUUCCAUCUGCUGCAAGCCUGUCUGCCUGCCUGCCUGCCUGCCUGCCUGCUAGCCAUGCAGCAGUGUUGAGUCUCAUGGAUCAGCAUGUACAACUUCUGCUCCACAGUUGAUGGUUAUGCAACAGCCAUUUGACAUAACUAAUACUUUAUGUUGCAAAUUGAUGCUGCAUUCCUGGCAAUGUAGUGCUGAUAACUGUCAACUUGUAUCCUGCUGGCAAGUGUAGCACGUAACAAGGGUGUAACUGAAUGAUCUGUACUAAUACAUAUACCUGGUCUAAGUCAUUAUUUAAGGUUGGCAGCUGUGAUGGCUGUCGUCCCACUUGUGUAAGAUAUGGAUAUGACAAGUCUUCAUCAAGUGACUUGUCAGUAUAUCAAAGCAGGGUAUUAAAAACCUAAAUGAAUCCCAUGUCAGUUGUAUGCACAGUGAAUAGUUGUUGGACUUGUACCUACAACGUAAUUUUGUUGGUCACCUUGGUCAUUCUGAUAAGUUAUUACAUACUUUAUUACCGGUACAUAUUUGUGUUUCUUCCACUUGCUUUUCAACCUUAAGUUAGUCUUAUAAAGAGAAGCUUCUACAAGUGAAUAUUUGUGUCCACAUAGAGUAUGAGUGUUCAUGAGUAAAUAAUUUACAGGCUGUCAUUCCUAAGACAUUGUAAGUUUAUAUGUAAUGUACACAUUAAAAACAGAUUUAUAUAUUAUCCUUGCUUUUGUAAUUGAUUGUAAAAGUAUGUCACUGUGGUUUGAAAUAGCACAGACCAUUGGAACCAGAUCUCUCAUUGCUUCUGUCAUGAUGGCCUUACCUCAUAUUCUUCCGUCUAAGUCAGUCAUUGAUAUUACAUGACUUGGCAGAUAUUUACAUUUUCACUGUACCAUAAUGUAAUCUCUCUUUCACAGCUGUAUAGUAUCAAGUUUUCAGGGAAAGGGAUGAUUGGAAUCAAAGGUGGUGUGUCUACUGAAUCAGUCAGGAAUUCAUGUUUAGCUCACCAGGCCAAAGACAUUGUCUGGCAUCCAUUGAUCAUAUUCAGUUUGUACACUUUCAAACAGAAUGUAGAUUUAACUGUCAAAGUUCAUGACAUGAAAGGGGUUUUAUGUGUUACAAUAAAAUUUGUUUGAGAAUAACGUAUUAACUUAUUUCACAUGAAACCAGUUUGACACAACAAUGAAAGCUUGACGCCACUAAAUUACAUUCAGGUUGAGGACAGUUUAUAGUAAUUCUGCAUCCUGUUGAUGUGCCUCCUGUUCAAGAUAGGCUCUUUGGUGAUCUUUUCAAAUGCCUUUAUGUAUACUAGUUCAGAUAUUGUUUAUCGUGCAUAUCAUGUAGGGUAUCUGUGAUUGGCUUUGUUGAGAAUGGCUUGUUUCACAGUGUAAUACAUAAGACAAGAAUAAAUAUGAAGUAUGUCACAAGGUAAGCUAAAUGUAAAUGCUCGUAUUGAAUGAUUUGCUGUUUGGUCGUUAACAUUAGACUAAUGAAUAAAUGAUGUAUGUCACAAGGUAAUCAGUGUUAGUGUUGAGCUAUUGUUUGUGCUAACUGAAAUUGUAUGCUUUUAUUCAUUCAUUUAUUUAUGUAUGAGCUUACUUGAAUCUUAAACAAAAUUUGAGCAAUAGACCCACAGGGUCUGUAUUUGUCGAAGUCUAAAUUCUCAAUGCUUUAAGUUCUGAAUACAUUUAAACCCUUUGGUUCUGUGAUUAUCAGCAAUAUUGGAACUUGGUUAAAAGGGCCCAAGUAUGUAUAAGAUACCGACCAUGUAUUUGCAGAGAAAUCCUAUGAUUGUUUUGUAAUUUAUAGUCAAUUAUAUUUUUAAAUGCUAGAAUGUUUUGUUUCACUAAUUUUCAUAGGUUUAGUUUUGUGAUAAGAAAUGGUUCUUCCAAAUCGUAACCUGUGUCUGGAAAUCAGUUUGUAUGAGGUGUGUUUGGCAUUUUGUUAUCUUCAUAACAUCGCUGGGGUUGUCUAAUGUCUCAAAGUCACCUUACUGUCCAAACCGUACAUGACAUAUAUAAAUGCUACACUACCUUAUGUUGUGAAUCAAAAAAGGAUCUCACAUUGUAAAACUGUCGCAUUUGACAUUUGAAAGUCUCUUAACAUUCUCAUUCAUCUGUGGCUCAUCCUAUUCCUGUCCAAUGCUUAAUAACCAUUAGAAAUAUAAAAGUCAACAUUUAGUUUCUGUUUUGUGUUAACAAGUUAGUAAUGGCAGUUAUUCUAAGUAACCAUAUCUUUCAAUGGGGAUUUGAAAGAAAUACAAAAUUACUAUGGCAGUUUUGUUUACCUGGCAAUGUUUUGCCCAUAGCAUUUAGGAAAUCCCAAACUACCCAAUGCCUUGCAUCAUUAAUUUUCACAGCUGAACUAAACAAUUCUGGGGAUAUUCAGUAUAGAGACAUCUUUACAGAUUAUUGGUUUUAAUAUACUCACAGUAUUCUCAAAAGGGGCACCAGGGUUGUGACGAUUCAAUCAAAGAUCAGUAUACCAAAACUGUGAUUUUUGUAUAUAAGUAUAUGAAACCCCAAUAGUGAGUUAAUAUACUAAAAAUAGAGUACACACAAUUUGUUCAUAUGCCUAUAGUUAAUAUGGCGUGAACACAACUAUAGUCACAUGAUAAACUUAAUUUUAUUUGAGUAGUAUAUUUCCUUUAACCAGAUAAGGAAUAAUAUAUUCCUAGAAAAAUAGUUUCUUUGAAGGCAUAAGAGAAGUUCAAUUUUCACACUUCGAGCAUUUACUUAUUUGCUGUGAAAUACUCAAUAAAGGUGAAUGCAUUUUGGUUGGAGAAAGAUUGUAUGUUACUUUUGGAAAGCAAAAUAGUCAAAGUUGGUUUCAUGUGUCCUAAUAUCUGUCGGUGUGUGUACAGCUUUCGUUGGAAUAGUGCCUCCCAAAACUACUAGCCAACGCUUUGCCAAAUGGAUUGGACAGCGUUCAGUCUCAACAUUGAAUAAAUAUAUUUUUAACCGUCAUUCUUUGUAGGCAUUAAAAAAUUAUACUAUUUUAAUUAAAUUUGUUGUAGCAGAUCCUGCCCAUGUGGGGUUUUCUUGUGACUUUUAUCAUGUACAUCAUAUACAUUGUGUGCUGAGGUUUGUAUUUUCUUGCAUUUAUUUGAUCGAAACCUGUAUCAUAUUUUGUUCCUAUCAUGUUGUAAAAUAAUUAAGUGAGCAAGUUUUGUGGAUUCACUUGAAGUUAUUGUUGCAAAAAUGGCAUGUGACUGUUUUUGAUUGUCUGCCCUGCCUAUCCCCAGCAAGUUACAGUCAACUGUCUUUUCACUCAGUUUUCUAUCGACAGAAAACCGCCUGGGCUAGCAUUCUGUGGCUUGAGUGCGACUCCUCACACGACUCUUUGUGUAUGAUGUCACAUCUGACCUUGAACUUGUGUCCCCCUAGCCACAUGCUAUGAUGUGUGCUUGACAGACACGGCACCAAAUACAACAGUCUGUUCCUUGUCUUUGUUCUCUCGGUUGCAAGUGGCUGGAUGAUGCCCAUUGGUUGACUGAGGAUCAUGUGACUGCAGAAUUGCUGGAAGCUCUUGACAUAAACUUCGGACAACUUGGUGCACACAGCUGUUCAGCUGAGUGGAGUGAUGAUAAGAGUAGCUAUUUUUGCAGUCAGAUGGAUUAAUACAUAUGAAAUAAAAUGAAUGACUUGCGAAAGAA